GAUCCUGAAAGAAACCCAGGCGAGGACAUUGAAACCAAGAAGUGGAUUUGAUUCAAGAAAUGGGUCUUCUAGCCUUACCCAUUCCCGGGUCUUUUUUCAAGGUCAUUUCUUGCUCUGUUUUGGUUCUCCUUUCGCUUUCUUGCACAAGCUUCACUGCAACAGAGGCCUAUGAUCCGCUGGAUCCAAGUGGAAACAUCACAAUCAAAUGGGAUAUCAUGAGCUGGACUCCAGAUGGCUAUGUUGCUGUUGUCACAAUCUACAACUUCCAGCAAUAUCGCCAUAUCCAAGCACCAGGGUGGUCUUUGGGAUGGAUAUGGGCAAAGAAAGAAGUAAUAUGGAGCAUGAUGGGAGGUCAGACCACAGAACAAGGGGAUUGUUCAAGAUUCAAAGGGAACAUUCCACAUUGCUGUAAGAAGGAUCCAACUGUUGUGGAUUUAUUACCAGGAACCCCUUACAACCAGCAGAUUGCAAAUUGCUGCAAAGGGGGGGUGAUAAACUCAUGGGCACAGGAUCCAGCCACUGCAGCAACCUCAUUCCAGCUGAGUGUAGGUCAAGCUGGAACAACUAAUAAGACAGUCAGAGUGCCUAAAAACUUCACUCUGAAGGCACCAGGGCCUGGUUACACUUGUGGGCCUGCCAAAAUUGUGAAGCCUAGUAAAUUCAUUACUGCUGAUAAAAGGAGAUUCACACAAGCUUUGAUGACAUGGAAUGUUACGUGCACAUAUUCACAAUUUCUGGCUCAGAAAGCUCCUACUUGCUGUGUCUCACUCUCAUCCUUCUACAAUAGCACAAUAGUACCCUGCCCAACAUGUGCUUGUGGCUGCCAAAAUACUUCUCUGUCUGGAAGCUGUAUAGACCCAAACACUCCACAUUUGGCAUCAGUUGUUCCAAGUGCAGGGAAGAACAGCUAUACACCUUUGGUCCAAUGUACAAGCCAUAUGUGCCCAAUCAGAGUUCACUGGCAUGUUAAGGUGAACUACAAGGAGUACUGGCGGGUUAAAGUCACAAUUACAAAUUUCAACUACAUUAUGAAUUACACACAAUGGAACCUAGUUGUUCAGCAUCCUAACUUUGACAAUCUGACAGAGAUUUUCAGCUUCAACUACAAGCCAUUAACUCCAUACGGAGCUAUAAAUGAUACUGCCAUGCUAUGGGGAGUUAAGUUCUACAACGAUUUGCUCAUGCAAGCAGGUCCAGCUGGUAAUGUGCAGUCAGAGCUACUUUUCCAAAAGGAUAAAUCGACUUUUACCUUUGAGAAGGGUUGGGCUUUCCCUAGAAGGAUCUAUUUCAAUGGAGAUAAUUGUGUCAUGCCACCACCCGAUGCCUACCCAUGGUUGCCCAAUGCUAGUUCCAGGCAGCUUAUCUACACCCUCGGUCUAGUCAUGACUAUACUUUCAGCAGUGGCUUUCUUACAGGGAUAUGCUUAAACUCCUUCGCCAUUAUGCUGCAAAAAGUAGCAUCCACGAUUUUUGACCGAAACAAGUGAAAUCCCAUAGCAUGCAAACUGGCAAAGCAAAAUGUUGUAGUGUGUAACUGAUUUGUGGCUGUUCAAGUGGUUCAAGGUGCUGUUUUAUUUGUUGAAAUUCUUUGUGGCUUCCCAUUGGCUGCCAUUUCAGUCACUUGUUGUAUGCCUCAUUGGUUCUGUACCUAAAUCACCCUCAUUUUAGAUUUUCCACUGCUGAACAAGUAAUAUAGAUGUAACAGAAAU